UAUUUAGAGGAAUAGAAAUUAAACAUCAAGAAGAAUUGCGAUUAAUUUGAUCACGAUCAAUAAGAAAGAUGGGUUAUUGUAUCAACAAAUGGUACAUAUACAAUACUAUGAGAAGUGUAAAUGUAUUAGUAAACGUGUUUGGAGCUAUAAUGAUCAUCUAUUCUCUUUGGCUGCUCAAGAUUUGGUUCAAUUUUCUUCUUCAUAUCCCUUCGCCUUCAUCUCUUCCAAAGCCCUGGUUCAUCCUGGUUUGUCUAGGAGUUGGAAUAUCAGUGUGCUUGAUUACUCUCUCAGGCUACAUAGUUGCUCACUACUUGACCAAGUACAUUCUUGCCAUUUACAUUUUAUUGAUGGUUUGUCUUCUCUCAAUCCAAGCUGCCAUCAUUGUCACUAUAUAUUUCAAGAUUAAUUGGGAAAUGAAAAUAGUGGAGUACAUAGAUGAUCAACACAAGCAAUUCAAGAUAUUCAUUUUCUUUCAUUUAACAAUUUGUCGAUACAUGACUAUCUUCGUCUUAGCAGCUCAGAGCGCCAUUGUCGUGCUUGCGAUCAUUCUGUGGACUGUGGGAGCCGAUGGUAUGAUUUGUUACGAAGUGUCGAAUCCAAUAGAUAUUCAUCAAUCUUUCUUGGAUUACAAUUCAAGACCCAUUAUUGAUCUCACACAAUUGGAAGAGAAUUGAUAUAUAAUAUGAUUUGAUUAAUCCAUCAAUAUUAUUAAUUAUA